AUCCGGUGGCUGGACAGGCCCAGUGGCGUCUUCAAGAUCGAGGACAGCGUCAGGGUCGCCCGUCUCUGGGGCCGACGCAAGAACCGACCCGCCAUGAACUACGACAAGCUCUCUCGCUCCAUCCGCCAAUACUACAAAAAGGGCAUCAUGAAGAAGACGGAGCGAUCCCAGCGACUCGUCUACCAAUUCUGUUCCCCGUACCUCAACUAA